CUAGUCCCCACUGCCGUCACAGCAGGUCGGCUUGGCCGUCCCGGCGGGAGCUAUCGAGCAGACGUUUCGGCAGUGGGACGGGCGCUCUCCACUCGGCAGCCACCUACUGAAGCGCAUCGUCUAGGCGGGCCACCUGCUGCCGAGGGCACCUACCGCCUCCCGCUGCUUGCGGAGCCACCAAGCCCUGUGUCUAGGUCGUUUGGGAAGCGCCUUGGAGAGUCAAGAAUAAAAUUGCAGGUCAAACAAUGGAUGACUGGAAAAGUCGGCUUGUAAUCAAGAGCAUGCUUCCCCAUUUCACCGUGGUGGGAAAUCGUCAGGAGCCCAGAAAGCUCCAGGAAUCGCCACAGGGAACCCUUAAGAGGAGACAGGAAGGAGACAACUUCCAGUUUCCAGGCAUGGCUGACGGGGGUUACCCUAAUAAAAUCAAGAGGCCUUGCCUUGAGGACGUCACCCUUUCUAUGGGCCCUGGUGCCCACCCCAGCACACCGUGUGCAGAGCUGCAGGUCGCUCCGUUACCAGUGAACCCUAGCCCUGCAGCUAUGGGAGUAGCUGGCCAUCCGUUACUAAUCGAGAAUAAUCCCGUGAACGGCAACGUGAUGGGCACACCGUUUGUGGUACCACCGACUGCAGAAUUGGGGCUAAAAGGGCCCACUGUCCCUUACUAUGACAAAACCAACAGCAUGCCAGCUGUGGACCAGGAACUUCAAGAUCUGCUGGAGGAGCUAACAAAAAUUCAGGAACCUUCUCCGAGUGAGCUCGAUCUUGAGAAGAUACUGGGGAGCAAGCCGGAAGAACCGCUGGUCUUGGAUCACCCUCAGGCGGGCCUCGGCACAGCUCCCAAGCCUUCGGCUCAGAUGCCGCACUUGGAGAGCCUUGCUUCCGGCAAAGAGUUUGCUUCCAGUUGCAGCCAGGUCCCUGGCGUGUCACUUCAAAUCCCGCCCUCCUCUGCAGGGGUCAGCUAUGCGAUUCCCUCCACCAGUAAGCAGCUCGUCUCACCUAGUUCUUCCACAGCACAGGCCAAGAACCAGGUCCAGGCGAUGCUCCCUGUCGCUUUGCCCCCACUUCCGGUGCCUCAGUGGCAUCAUGCCCACCAGCUGAAGGUGUUGGCGGCCAGCAAGCAGGGAUCUGCUACAAAGCAGCCAGGGCCCACUCCCAGUUGGUCUGGCCUGCCUCCUACAGGCCUCUCCCCACCUUACCGCCCAGUGCCAUCGCCACACCCGCCGCCACCAUUCAGCCCUCAGAGCCUCAUGGUAUCCUGCAUGUCGUCCAGCAACCUGCCAGGGAGCACUCUCCAAGGCUCUCCCAAUGCCUUGCUCUCGAGCAUGGUGUCUGGCAGCAGUGCUGCCCUUGGGCCCGCCAUGCCCUAUGCUCCCGAGAAGCUCCCCAGCCCAGCUCUCAGUCAGCAGCCACAGUUCAGCCCGCAGAACUCCAUUCUUGCCAACCUGGUGUCCUCUACCAUUAAAAAUCCUCAAGGACACCUGAUGUCUGCUCUGCCCACCAGCAACCCUGGGCCGUCCCCCCCUUACCGCCCGGAGAAGCUGUCCAGCCCAGGCUUGCCACAGCAGUCUUUCACGCCACAGUGCUCCCUGCUCCGGAGCCUCACGCCCGCCAGUAACCCACUCAGCCAGCAGCAGCAGCAGCAGCAGCAGCAGCAGCAGCAGCAGCAAGCAAAUGCCGUCUUCAAGCCCAUGGUCACCAACUCACCCAAAACUCUGAGCAUGAUCAUGCAUCAGGGGCUGGCCAGCCCCAGCCCGGGAGCCCCGGAGCCAUUUAGUUUUGGCAACACCAAGCCUUUGUCACAUUUCAUUGCUGAGCCUGGCCCCCAGAAACUGCCCUCCAUGCCUGCCACCUCUAGGCAGCCUUCCCUGCUCCACUACCUGCAGCAGCCGACGCCAGCACAGGCCUCUUCUGCCACUGCCUCCUCCACCGCCACCACCAGCUUGCAGCUGCCGCCGCAGCAGCCCGACCACUCUGCGUUCCUCCUGCAGCAGAUGAUGCAGCAGCCCCAGCGCUUUCCGCGAUCAGGAGCCUCGGACUCCAUGCCUUCUCUGCCCAGACAGGCCUGUUGCCAUCUGUUUUCGUGGACUUCUGCGGCUGGCUCAGGGGAGCGCCAGCAUCAGCACUGCAACUCUUACCCUAGCAGGCAAGAUCCUCAGCCUGGAGACGUGUCACCAUCCAACAUUACUCAUGUAGACAAAGCCUGCAAGCUUGGGGAAGCCAGGCCCCCCCAGGUCAGCCUCGGGCGACAGCCCCCAUCCUGCCAGGCCCUGGGGAGCGAGUCCUUCCUGCCCGGCAGCUCCUUUGCUCAUGAGCUGGCCCGAGUCACCUCCUCGUACAGCACCUCAGAGGCAGCGCCCUGGGGCGGCUGGGAUCCGAAGGCCUGGAGGCAGGUGCCCGCUCCACUACUGCCUAGCUGCGACGCCGUAGCAAGAGAAACAGAGAUCAGGUCUUAUGGCAAUGACCCCUGAACAGCGGAGUACAUGUGUCGCCCAACAGAUGAGUCAGUUUCAAGCCGUCCAAGAGCAAGUCACCUCCAAGUGUAGCCGGACCAAGGCAAGCCCCCCAUCCAGCCAGCACAUGAUGCCACCCAGAGCUGGGCUCCUUCAGAACCCUCUGAGUCCAGGAAUGACCCCACCCACCAGGCACCAGAGCCGUGAGGGCAUGGGCAUGAUCCCACCGACGCCAGGCAAGCAGCAAGGAAUUUUCAGCUCCCGCCCCCCAUUUCCCAUACCCCCCCGCUCAGCCCAGAACCCCCUGGGCAGCCUCAACUCUGUCUGCCGGCGUAUGCAGAUUCCCAGGGCCACUCCCUCAGGAGUACCCCUGCCUGGGUUCUGUCCCAGCCCCCUGGGCAGCCAGCCCCUGAGUCCCCACCAGCUCAGACAGCCCUGUGUGCCAAGAAUGUCCACCAUGUUCAACAAUGCUGCAUGGGCGGCGGCGGCAGUAGCUGCUGCGACCACAGCGAGCUCUAGGGAACCAGCCCCAAGCCAAGUAGAUAAUAGCAUCCAGCAGCAUUUUGAUAGCAACUCAAUGUUCGCCAAGGCACCCGUGAGAGUGCCCCUGGUGGCCCCAGCCUUUCCAUCGCAGCAGGCAGUUGUGCCCCCCAAUCAGGUAGCCCCAGGAGGCAGGCCUGGCCAGAAGGUGAGUGCCACCCUGGCCAACCCCAGCUUCAGCCUGCUGGGCAGCCAGAGCCUCAGACAGAGCCCGGUACGGGGUCCCGUGCCUGUGCUGAACGCCACCAAGUCCCUCCAGCAGGGUAUGGCCAGCUUUGGUCCCAUGAGUCCCAUACAGGGCAUUGAGCCGCCAAGCUAUGUGGCCGCCGCCGCCGCUGCUGCUGCUGCCUCUGCCAUUGCUGCCAGCCAGUCCCCAGGCCCAUUUAACAGGAUGGGUACCCCUCCUGAGCUGCCACCCUACGACUUUUUGCCCCAGCCCCAGCCCCCACUGAACGAUCUGAUUUCCCCACCUGACUGCAGUGAGGUGGACUUCAUUGAAGCUCUCUUGAAAGGCCCCAGCGCAAGCCCAGAUGAAGACUGGGUGUGCGACCUGAGGCUGAUCGAUGACAUUUUGGAACAGCAUGCUGCUGCCCAAAAUGCCGCAGCCCGGAAUGCGGGCCAAGUCACCCAGAAUGCUGUGGAGCUUUAAACGCCCCUAGAAACCCUCACGCCGGCAUCACUCUAGGCAGCCGCGUGAAGCCACAGCAAGUUCACUGCUGGCCUCACAGCCACGCAGUCGUUUCCUUGUUAUAAUUCGAGUGGCAUCAGCCCAUGCCCAUCCCUCGCUCUACCUGUGACAAAAUGGAAAGCUGGUGAUUUUUCAAGCUACCUGUACAUAUUUGAAAAUUUUGUAAAUGGUUUUCCUAAACAUUAAUGACAGAAGUAUUUAUACUUCGUUUUGUGACUUUGUAAAUAAAGUGACGGCUUUCGUUUCAGUAGUUGUGUUUAUUCCGCAUUGUUUGUGUUUAUUCUACAUUGUUGCAAAUACGCAGACUGUGCUGUUCGCUCCAGUGACACCUUAUAAGCCAGGUAGCCGAGUCGCUGAUGGUAUUGCUGCAGUGAGAGAUGUGGAUAUGACCAGGAGGUGUUGUGCAGACUGACACAUGCCAAACAGAAAACCACUUGGCCGUUUAUUUCCAUUUUCACAAAAAGUUCUAUCGCCUUGUGUGAUUCUUAGUCUCCUUUGCAAACCUGUCGGUCUCCGCUAGCUCCCUCCUGAUGAGCACCACAGCAGAAGCCGUUUGGUCGUCAGUGUCCGCGGAGGACACUUGCAGGGCUGAGAGAGUUCUGUAGGUUUAGGAACGGGGAAGAGAGCGUGUGAGCUGAGCACUGUCUUUACCAUCCACCUUGAGAAUCUCGCGUGUCCUCCCUGUAUCAUCCAGACGGAGAGAAAACCUGGGUUUGCACUUCUCCAGCGGCACCUUUGCAGGGUGGAGGUGGGACGGUCAUGGUUCGAAGCCUUUCAGUAUUUGUUUUGAUGUAAGGCUCUGUGGUUUGGGGGAAGAAAAGUCUGUAAACAUUAAUAGUUGAUUUGCGGUUUGUCUUGAUGGUUUCUAUCUGCAAUUAUCGUCAUGUAUAUUUAAGUGUCUGUUAUAGAAAACCCACCUCCACUGUCCUGUAAACUUUUCUCAGUGUCCAGACUCUGUGUAAUCACAUUUUAAUUGCCAUCUUGUAUUUCGCCUCUACAUUUGAAAUCUGGCAUCUGUUUCCAGCCAGUGCGUUUUUUCUUCGUUCUGUAAUAAACAGCCAGGAGAAAAGUG